CUUUAUGUUGACUAUGUACCCCUCUCUUUUGCCCCUAGUUUCAACCGAACCCCAUAGCACAGUAUGAAGGGCCGGACAGAUGCCCCGCGUGAUAGGUGAGUGGCUGCCGCUGGCGCCUCUUCCUCAUGUGCAAACUAGAAGUAUCUACUCUCAUUUCUUUCUCGUUUCUGCUUUCACUCUCAACCAGAGUCCUAUUUUUAUAUUUUGAGUUUAAUUGCAAUGCCUCCAAGCAGAGCAGUGGUGCGGAAAAUGAACUUUUGUACUGUUUUUAAUCAAUUAACGUAGUGAAUCUAUUUAAUUUCUGAUGUACUUAUAUAAAGUUCACUGUUGUUGUAUCGUUGUAUUUUAUCUCCCUGACUGGUAGCACUUUAUUUCACGGUACAUAAACUACUUGCUAAUUUUAAAGAAAUAACAUGGUAAUAAAAUGGUAAAUACAUAUCAGAAACCUAAGAAUGACAUGCUUGUUUCUAAUCUUUUCAUAUUUUCCUCCCGUUCCCAGGGGCUGGUUGGUGGGGAUCAUCUUCUUCAUUCUGGGCCUCGGGACGCUGCUACCAUGGAACUUCUUUAUGACCGCCUCCAUGGUAAACCCAAUCUCAUAUGUCUUCAUAACAACAAGGUUACAGUCGGAUUAGGGUAAGGUAGAUCUGAUCCUAGAACUGUAGCUUUGGGAAACUUUAGUAUUAAAGUUUCCCAAAGCUACAGAUCUAAGAUCAGAUAUACUUUGGCUCGGGUUCAACAAGUGCAGUACUUGCCAUGCCAAAGUAGAGCAUUGGCUUCUUAGGGAAUUGUAUGUGUUCUGUAACUGUGUGUAUUGUACAUAGAGGAUUAGCUGAGUUGUUGGUAUGUUCCAGUCAAGUAUUUUGUCCGAGAGGGAUUUAGUGUGACUGGCCCCCUGUUGUUAUGUAGUCUUGGUGUCCACUAAGUACCUCUAUGUUGAAGUUAACCCCUUUGUGGUGUGGUUGGAGGCCCCCUUAAGCUAUAGAACAUCACAUGAGUAUUCCACUUUGGAGCUGUGUAGUCAAUCAUGUGAACAUGUUGUGUGUGUGGCCUAGCCGCUAAGGCUAAGCUCUCUCUAUGUUCAAUUGUCAAACUCCACAACUCCUAGGGUUAGCUCAUAGGGUUAGCUUUGAUUCUUGGUAUACAGUACACGUUUGUAGAAUGACUAGGCCUAUUUGUAUAGGAACAAGUGACCACUGAUGUACCAUUACUGUAUGUACUUAGCCGAUAGCAACUAACAACAUAUUGAUUGUUAAUCUAAACUAAACUGGGUCAUCUCCUGAAUCCUGUGUGGCUCAGUUUAUAGAGCAUGCUUGUAACGCCAUGAACGUGGGUUCGAUUCCUGCUGGGGCCACCCAUCCCAAAAUGUGGAUAAAAGCGUAUGCAAAAAUACAAUUUUAUCUCUUUGUCUCUUCUGUCAACAGUAUUUCAACAGCCGCCUCAACAAGACAGAACGGAGAAACGGCACGGUGGUGGCCCACAAAGAGUACUACUUCAACAACUGGAUGACUCUGCUGUCCCAGCUCCCCCUGCUUCUCUGCACUCUGCUCAACUCCUUCUUCUAUCAGCGGUGAGACAGCACUUCUCCCUCAGGUUUACAAGAUAUCCAAAUGCUAAAGAAACAACGUUCUACUGCAUACUUGGCUGAUAGUCUAGUGUGUGUGUGAACCACCCUUUUGUGUUGGCCAUUUUAUUCAACUGCAAAUAGGUGCAAAAAAGCUAAUAUGCUUUGUGAUACAGUGGAUUUUAGAGUGGCCUCAGUUUGAAGUACAAAUGUGUAAUACUCCGUAAAGGUAGUGUUACUUGCUACUGUCUAAUCCAGUGAGAUUGUGAACUAACCUUUUGAAUUUGUGUGUUUGUGCGUAGGAUAUCGGAGAUGGUGCGUAUAGCGGGCAGCCUGGUCUUCAUCUUCAUCCUCUUCAUCCUCACUGCCAUCCUGGUCAAGAUCCCUAUGGAAGAGGACCGCUUCUUCUCUGUUACCAUGGCUAUCAUCUGGUUCAUCAACUGUGAGUAGGACAUGGUUGUCUGUGUGUGUGGGGGGGAUCAUUGUGGUGUGUGUGUGUGUGUGUAUGAAAGAGAGAAACCAUUUGUCACAAGAUGUGUGUAAUAGCAUUAAUAUAGUGUGCAUGAGUAAGGUGUGUGGGGGCGGUAUCAUUAACUGUUUGUGUUUGUUGAUGAUGAUGAUGAUGAUGAUGAUGAUGGUGUGCACUAUAUCAUUAACCCUGUCUCUUUCUCUCUCUCCUGGUAGCGUUUGGAGCGGUGUUACAGGGCAGUCUGUUUGGGCUAGUGGGUCUGCUGCCUCAGAAGUACAGCGCUGUGUUUAUGAGUGGCCAGGGGCUGGCCGGCACCUUCGCAGCUAUCGCCAUGCUGAUCUCCAUAGCCAGUGAGUCACACACACAAACAAAUAUAUCAAAUAUACAAAUUACUACUUGGAAAUAAACACGCACAGCUCACAUCAGAGAUGCUCAGUGGCUGACUAGCAAAUCAUUCAAAUGUGGCAAAUAGUCAAAUGAGUAUGAUGUGGCCUUUGCAAUUCCACUUGGAAUUGACCUCACCUUUUUCAUUCCUGUGUGUGUGUGCGCGCGCGUGUGUGUGUGUGUGUGUGUGACAGGUGAUUCAGACCCUGAGACGGCUGCGUUGGGUUACUUCAUCACUCCUUGUGUAGGAACCCUGCUCACUCUCCUCAGCUACAUCUUACUGCCUCGCCUGGUGAGUGGCUCAGCCCUACAAAGCCCCAGGACUAGAAUGUAAUAGAAUCACUGAUAGAUACCACACGUUGGGCCUCAGAACAGACCCUGUAUCCCUCAGGACUAUAGCUGAUCAUCAUGCAGUAUGACAUGACUACGUUUUAUUUAAAGAAUCUGUUUCAAAGGUUGGGACUCAAAACAGACUUUGUAUCCCCCAGGGCUGUAGCUGACCAGCAUGCAGUAGGGCAUCACUAUGUUUUAUCUAAGGAAUCUGUGUUCAAGUUCAGGGAACUUUCUGUCUGUCUCAUUUGGCCUCUGCUCCGGUCUCAUCUAGGAGUUUGCCCAGUUCUACUUGGACAAGAGCAGGAGCUAUGAGGUGGAGACCACAGACGAGCUGUUGAAAGGUGAGGCUGCUGAAAGCCUAUUCAUGUUGUGCUCCUAUAUAUCUCAAUGACCAACCACUACAGUGCAGUCUGUCACUGCUAGUAUUCCCCUUUAUACUCAGGGGUUGUAUGUAUCAAGCAUCUCAGAGUAGGAGUUUGGAUCUAGCAUCAGGUCCCCCUGUCCAUGAGGGUCAUCGGCUGCCACCUGCCCUCCAUCGAGAUCCUGCACGACUCCAGGGCAAGGAAGGGUGCAGGAAAGAUCAUCAAUGGAUGUUUCAAUGGAAAUUACCAAAUGUCUAGGAAACCCUCUAGGCACUAGUUAUCAGCUCUAGCUUGGUCCAGUGGUGAGGGAAAAUUCCUGGCCCUAAUCAUAACAGAUAAUGUAGUAGUAGUCUGGUGGGCCCUAUUCAUAACAGAUAAUGUAGUAUUCUGGUGGGCCCUAUUCAUAACCGAUAAUGUAGUAGUCUGGUGGGCACAUGCCCCAGAAACUAGUGUCAUAGAUGGCUCUCCAUCCCUCCCUCCCUCCCUCCCUCCCCCAGCAUCGGCCAUUACUCCCUCACACAUUUACCCCUGCCUGUUGAUUAAUCAAUUUGAGGUAAAAUUGACAGUUUUCCCUGACAUUUUCCCCAUUCUUCCUCCCCUGGCAGAGAGUGACACGGCGGUGAAUGGCAAGGCCAACGGCUCUUUGGCCAAUGGUGGUGCCAGCGGCGAGGAGGUGGAGGUAGAGGGGGCCAGUCCCAAGCAUAACUUCCUACCCCUAGAGCAGGCUGAGGACAGGGAUCGGAAGUCCACCGUCAUGGAGGUGUUUAAAAAGGUAAUGCUGACCUCUGUUGUUACUCAAAUGUCUAUAGCAGAGUCAUAUAUAUAUAUAUAUUUUUUUAUAUAUGGCUCUUGUCUAUAGUUGAGGUCCAAUUCCCUACCCUUUUCCCAAAGUGUACACUUGUUCACUCCCCUGCAUGCAUUUAGAAGUAGUGUAAGCAUGGACUAGAGAAAGUUUCCACCAUAUUUCUUACCUUGUCUCUGUCCCUCUUCAGAUAUGGGUGAUGGCAUUCUGUGUGGUUUUUGUCUUCACCGUCACUCUCGCUGUGUUUCCUGCCGUCACUGUGGACGUCAAGACCAUGUACCCUGGGAAAUGGGGUAUGUAUACACUCUUUGAAAAUAGGUUUCAAAAGGGUUCUUCGGCUGUCUCCAUAGGAGAACCCUUUCUCGUUCCAGGUUGAGCCCUUUUUGGUUCGAGGUAGAACCCUUUUAGGUUCUAUAUAGCACCUUUGUAGAUAUGUAUACUGUAUGUUUAGUAUGCAUGUCAUGAGACUUAAAACCACCUAUUAACCACCCCUCUCCCUCUUCCCUCCAUCAGAGCCCUACUUCAUCUCAGUGUGUUGCUUCCUCAUUUUCAACGUGUGUGACUGGAUCGGCAGAACCGUCACCACCCUGGUCCAGUGGGUAGGUGUCUGAUCUCAUUUGAUCUGUGUGGAUUAAUGUCAUUUUAUUACACACUUGAUAGGAUCAUGAUGGAUUAUUGUUCCAAGUUUCUCAGUGUUUUAUAAUCCUCUACAAAUAUAAUUUCUCUCACUUUCUACCACUGCACGAAAGCUUCAGUUAUUACUAGCAUUACAUGUAGUUAUUAUUAUUACUAAUCUUAUUAGUAACAUUUCUCGCUGUAUUUGUUCCACAGCCUCCCAAGGAGAGUUGUCUGUUCCCGGCCCUGGUGGUCUCCAGGAUGGUGUUUGUUCCCCUGCUGAUGCUGUGUAACGUCCAGAGCCGCUCCUACCUGCCCGUCCUCUUCUCCCACGACGCUGCCUUCGUCUUUAUUAUGAUGCUCUUCUCCGUUUCCAGCGGCUACUGCGUCUGCCUGUCCAUGUCCUACGCCCCACAGUGAGUAGAAGUAACACACACGGCAGGUAGCCUUGCGGUUAGAGCGUUGGACCAGUAAGCAAAAGGUUGCUGGUUCAAAUUCCUGUGCCGACAAGGUGAAAGAUCUGCCGAUGUGCCCUUGAGCAAGGCACUUAACUCUAAUUGCUCCAGGGGCGCACACACGUGCACACUCUGUACGUGACAGUCCACUGUCAUAACAAUACACCAGUUAUGCACAUAAACUCAAAGAAAGAAACGUCCCUUUUUCAGGACCCAUAUUCGUAAAAAUCCAAAUAACUUCACAGAUCUUCAUUGUAAAGGGUUUAAACACUGUUUCCCAUGCUUGUUCAAUGAACCAUAAACAAUUAAUGAACAUGCACCUGUAGAACAGUUGUUAAGACACUAACAGCUUACUGACGGUACGCAAUUAAGGUCACAGUUAUGAAAACUUAGUACACUAAAGAGGCCUUUCUACUGACUCUGAAAAACACCAAAAGAAAGAUGCCCAGGGUCCCUGCUCAUCUGCGGGAACGUGCCUUAGGCAUGCUGCAAGGAGGCAUGAGGACUGCAGAUGUGGCCAGGGAAAUAAAUUGCAAUGUCCGUACUGUGAGACGCCUAAGACAGCGUUACAGGGAGACAGGACGGACAGCUGAUCGUCCUCGCAGUGGCAGACCACAUGUAACAACACCUGCACAGGAUCGGUACAUCCGAACUUUCACACCUGCGGGACAGGUACAGGAUGACAACAACUGCCCGAGUUACACCAGGAACGCACAAUCCCCCCAUCAGUGCUCAGACUGUCCGCAAUAGGCUGAGAGAGGCUGGACUGAGGGCUUGUAGGCCUGUUGUAAGGAAGGUCCUCACCAGACAUCACCGGCAACAACAUCGCCUAUGGGCACAAACCCACCGUCGCUGGACCAGACAGGACUGGCAAAAAGUGCUCUUCACUGACGAGUCGCGGUUUUGUCUUAUCAGGGGUGAUGUUUGGAUUCGCAUUUAUCGUUGAAGGAAUGAGCGUUACGCCGAGGCCUGUACUCUGGAGCGGGAUCGAUUUGGAGGUGGAGGGUCCGUCAUGGUCUGGGGCGGUGUGUCAAAGCAUUAUCGGACUGAGCUUGUUGUCAUUGCAGGCAAUCUCAACAAGACAGGAAUGUCAGUGUUCUGCCAUGGCCAGCGAAGAGCCCGGAUCUCAAUCCCAUUGAGCACGUCUGAGACCUGUUGGAUGGGAGGGCGAGGGCCAUUCCCCCCAGAAAUGUCUGGGAACUUGCAGUUGCCUUGGUGGAAGAGUGGGGUAACAUCUCACAACAAGAACUGGCAAAUCUGGUGCAGUCCAUGAGGAAGAGAUGCACUGCAGUACUUAAUGCAGCUGGUGGCCACACCAGAUACUGACUGUUACUUUUGAUUUUGACCCCCCUUUGUUCAGGGACACAUUAUUCAAUUUCUGUUAGUCACAUGUCUGUGGAACUUGUUCAGUUUAUGUCUAAGUUGUUGAAUCUUGUUAUGUUCAUACAAAUAUUUACACAUGUUAAGUUUGCUGAAAAUAAACGCAGUUGACAGUGAGAGGACAUUUCUUUUUUUGCUGAGUUUAUUAACUUCUUCAAUCUCAUUUUCAUGGCUUGUUUACGCACAAUCUCUCUCUGGCAUGUCACUCUGUUUAAGCACCUGUGACUUAAUCCCUUAGAGUCUAAAUAGCAUAAUAACAAAAUCCCUGCCAAAAUCUGUCUGUUUAAACUAGGAAUAUUUGUUUUUUUGCAUGGGCUGCGUCUCAAUCCACCACAUCCACUGAUGUCGGUCUUCCACAUCUGCGGUUGAAGGUGGCUGAGCUACAGCAGUGUUUGUCAGACCAGGAGACAUCCCAAAAAUCGGUCUUCUUACAAAACGUCUGUAGCGUCCGAACGGUUUGGCCUACAAACUAAUAUACGCUGAAGGGCGUAAAAAUUGUCUGUCCUCGGUUACAACACUCACUACCGAGUUCCAAACUGCUUCUGCAAGUCAACGUCAGCACACUGUUCAUCGGGAGCUUCAUGAAAUGGGUUUCCAUGGCCGAGCAGUCGCACAAAAGAUCACCAUGCGCACUCUGAUGGAGUGGUGUAAUUAGAGUGAUGGAUCACGCUUUACAAUCUGGCAGUCCGACGGAUUAAUCUGGGUUUGGCGGAUGCCAAGAGAACGCUACCUGCCCCAAUGCGUAGUACCAACUGUAAAGUUUGGUGGAGGAGGAAUAAUGGUCUGGGGCUCUUUUUCAUGGUUUGGGCUUGGCCCCUUAGUUCCAGUGAAGGGAAAUCUUAAUGUUACAGCAUUCAAUUACGUUCUAGACCAGGGCUGCACAACCCUCUUCCUGGAGAUCUACCAUCCUGUGGGUUUUCAGUCCAACCCUAAUUUAACACACCUGAUUCUACAAAUUAGCUGCUCAACAAGACCUUAACUAGCUGAAUCAGAUAUGCUAAAUUAGUGUUGGACUGAAAACCUACAGGAUAGUAUAUAUCCAGGAAGAGGGUUGGGCAGCCCUGUUCUAGACGAUUCUGUGCUUCCAACUUUGUGGCAACAGUUUGAGGAAGGCCCUUUCCUGUUUCAGCAUGACAUUGCCCCCGUGCACAAAGCGAGGUCCAUAUAGAAAUGGUUUGUCGAGAUCGGUGUGGAAGAACUUGACUGGCCUGCACAGAGCCCUGACCUCAACCCCAUCGAACACCUUUGGGAUGAAUUGGUAUGCCGACUGCUAGCCAGGCCUAAUCGCCCAACAUCAGUGCCCGACCUCACUAAUGUUCUUGUGGCUGAAUGGAAGAAAGUCCCCGCAGAAAUGUUCCAACAUCUAGUGGAAAGCCUUCCCAGAAGAGUGGAGGCUGUUAUAGCAGCAAAGGGGGGACCAACUCCAUAUUAAUGCCCAUGAUUUUGGAAUGAAAUGUUCGACGAGCAGGUUUCCACAUACAGUGGGGAAAAAAAGUAUUUAGUCAGCCACCAAUUGUGCAAGUUCUCCCACUUAAAAAGAUGAGAGAGGCCUGUAAUUUUCAUCAUAGGUACACGUCAACUAUGACAGACAAAUUGAGAAAAAAAAAUCCAGAAAAUCACAUUGUAGGAUUUUUAAUGAAUUUAUUAGCAAAUGAUGGUGGAAAAUAAGUAUUUGGUCACCUAGAAACAAGCAAGAUUUCUGGCUCUCACAGACCUGUAACUUCUUCUUUAAGAGGCUCCUCUGUCCUCCACUCGUUACCUGUAUUAAUGGCACCUGUUUGAACUUGUUAUCAGUAUAAAAGACACCUGUCCACAACCUCAAACAGUCACACUCCAAACUCCACUAUGGCCAAGACCAAAGAGCUGUCAAAGGACACCAGAAACAAAAUUGUAGACCUGCACCAGGCUGGGAAGACUGAAUCUGCAAUAGGUAAGCAGCUUGGUUUGAAGAAAUCAACUGUGGGAGCAAUUAUUAGGAAAUGGAAGACAUACAAGACCACUGAUAAUCUCCCUCGAUCUGGGGCUCCACGCAAGAUCUCACCCCGUGGGGUCAAAAUGAUCACAAGAACGGUGAGCAAAAAUCCCAGAACCACACAGGGGGACCUAGUGAGUGACCUGCAGAGAGCUGGGACCAAAGUAACAAAGCCUACCAUCAGUAACACACUACGCCGCCAGGGACUCAAAUCCUGCAGUGCAAGACGUGUCCCCCUGCUUAAGCCAGUACAUGUCCAGGCCCGUCUGAAGUUUGCAAGAGUGCAUUUGUAUGAUCCAGAAGAGGAUUGGGAGAAUGUCAUGUGGUCAGAUGAAACCAAAAUAUAACUUUUUAGUAAAAACUCAACUCGUCUUGUUUGGAGGACAAAGAAUGCUGAGUUGCAUCCAAAGAACACCAUACCUACUGUGAAGCAUGGGGGUGGAAACAUCAUGCUUUGGGGCUGUUUUUCUGCAAAGGGACCAGGACGACUGAUCCGUGUAAAGGAAAGAAUGAAUGGGGCCAUGUAUCGUGAGAUUUUGAGUGAAAACCUCCUUCCAUCAGCAAGGGCAUUGAAGAUGAAACGUGGCUGGGUCUUUCAGCAUGACAAUGAUCCCAAACACACCGCCCGGGCAACGAAGGAGUGGCUUCGUAAGAAGCAUUUCAAGGUCCUGGAGUGGCCUAGCCAGUCUCCAGAUCUCAACCCCAUAGAAAAUCUUUGGAGGGAGUUGAAAGUCUGUGUUGCCCAGCGACAGCCCCAAAACAUCACUGCUCUAGAGGAGAUCUGCAUGGAGGAAUGGGCCAAAAUACCAGCAACAGUGUGUGAAAACCUUGUGAAGACUUACAGAAAACGUUUGACCUGUGUCAUUGCCAACAAAGGGUAUAUAACAAAGCAUUGACAAAACUUUUGUUAUUGACCAAAUACUUAUUUUCCACCAUAAUUUGCAAACAUAUUCAUUAAAAAUCCUACAAUGUGAUUUUCUGGAUUUUUUUUUCUAAUUUUGUCUGUCAUAGUUGACGUGUACCUAUGAUGAAAAUUACAGGCCUCUCUCAUCUUUUUAAGUGGGAGAACUUGCACAAUUGGUGGCUGACUAAAUACUUUUUUUCCCCACUGUACUUUUGGUCACGUAGUGUAUAUUCCUCAUCUUUCUAAUAUCUAUCUCUCAGAUAUAGGACAGGCACUUCAAAACAAACUUUUACUAUCUGUUUUGCCGUGUAUUAAUAUGUUAUUCAAUGCAUUUCUAUUGGCUAAUAGCAGUAAGGCCAAAUUCAAUGUUUUAUAAAAUAUUUUAUUUUAUAUAAUUCGGGAUACUUAAAGGGGUCCCAAAAUUAAAAAUCUAAUAGCUAAAUGAUCAUUGGUAUGACAGGUAUGACCAUAUUAAAACAAUUCCAUGUGUUAGCUUAGUAGAAACCCAGCUCCCACACCCACACAUACUCACUUCUUCUGAAAUUCUCUCACACUCACCUGACAUACUUUGUCUCACUCAACCACGUUUUCUACCUCAAGCCAACUUCUGUGUUUAUUUCCUCUAUAACAUGUAACACCACAACCAUGUACUGACUCUACACAAACACGCACACACACCCAUACUGUAGCAGUCAAAAGUUUGGACACACCUACUCAUUCAUCUUCAUUUGUACUAUUUUCUACAUUGUAUAAUAAUAGUGAAGACAUCAAAACUAUGAAAUAACACAUAUGGAAUCAUGUAGUAACCAACAUUUUUUUAAACAAAUGAAAUUAUAUUUUAUAUUUGAGAUUCUUCAAAGUAGCCACCCUUUGCCUUGAUGACAGCUUUGCACACUCUUGGCAUUCUCUCAACCAGGUUCAUGAGGAAUGCUUUUCCAACAGUCUUGAAGGAGUUCCCACGUAUGCGGAGCACUUGUUGGCUGCUUUUCCUUCACUCUGCAGUCCGACUCAUCCCAAACCAUCUCAAUUGGGUUGAGGUCGGGGGAUUGUGGAGGCCAGGUCAUCUGAUGCAGCACUCCAUCACUCUCCUUGAUCAAAUAUCCCUUACACAGCCUGGAGGUGUGUUUUGGGUCAUUUUCCUGUUGAAAAAGAAAUGAUAGUCCCACUAAGUGCAAUCCAGAUGGGAUGGCGUAUCGCUGCAGAAUGCUGUGGUAGCCAUGCUGGUUAAGUGUGCCUUGAAUUCUAAAUAAAUCACAGACAGUGUCACCAGCAAAGCACCUCCAAACCAUCACACCUCCUCCUCCAUGCUUCAUGGUGGGACCACACAUGCAGUGAUCAUCCGUUCACCUACUCUGCGUCUCACAAAGACACGGCGUUGGAACCAAAAAUCUCAAAUUUGGACUCAUCAGACCAAAGGACAGAUUUCCACCGGUCCAUUGCUCGUCUUUCUUCGCCCAAGCAAGUCUCUUCUUCUUAUUGGUGUCCUAUAGUAGUGGUUUCUUUGCAGCAAUUCGACCAUGAAGGCCUGAUUCACGCAGUUUCCUCUGAACAGUUGAUGUUGAGAUGUGUCUUACUUGAACUUUGUGAAGCAUUAAUUUGGGCUGCAAUCUGAGGUGCAAUUGUCUCUAAUGAACUUAUCCGCUGCAGCAGAGGUAACUUCCAUUCCUGUGGCGGUCCUCAUGAGAGCCAGUUUUAUCAUAGCGCUUGAUGGUUUUUGCGACUGCACUUGAAGAAACUUUCAAAGUUCUUGACAUUUUUCGCAUUGACUGACCUUCAUGUCUUAAAGUAAUGAUGGACUGUCGUUUCUCUUUGCUUAUUUGAGCUGUUCUUGCCAUCAUAUGGACUUCGUCUUUUACCAAAUAGGGCUAUCUUCUUUAUACCACCCCUACUUUGUCACAACACAACUGAUUGACUCAAACGCAUUAAGAAGGAAAGAAAUUCCACAAAUUAACUUUUAAGAAGGCACACCUGUUAAUUUAAAUGCAUUCCAGGUGACUACAUCAUGAAGCUGGUUGAGAGAAUGCCAAGAGUGUGCAAAGCGUCAUCAAGGCAAAGGGUGGCUACUUUGAAUAAUCUCAAAUAUAUUUUGAUUUGUUUAACACCUUUUUGGUUACUACAUGAUUCCAUAUGUGUUAUUUAAUAGUGUUGAUGUCUACACUGUUAUUCUACAAUGUAGAAAAUACUACAAAUAAAGAAAAACCCUGGAAUGAGUAGGUGUGUCCAAACUUUUGACUGGUACUCUACAUUCAAUCAUCAUAUACGCUGCUGCUACUCUGUUUAUCAUAUAUCCUGACGCCUAGUCACCUUACCCCUAUACAUAUCUACAGUUGAAGUCGGAAGUUUACAUACACCUUAGCCAAAUACAUUUAAACUCAGUUUUUUACAAUUCCUGACAUUUAAUCCUAGUAAAGAUUCCCUGUCUUAGGUCAGUUAGGAUCACCACUUCAUUUUAAGAAUGUGAAAUGUCAGAAUAAUAGUGGACAGAAUGAUUUAUAUCAGUUUUUAUUUCUUUCAUCACAUUCCCAGUGGGUCAGAAGUUUUACAUACACUCAAUUAGUAUUGCCUUCAAAUUGUUUAACUUGGGUCAAAUGUUUAGGGUAGCCUUCCACAAGCUUCCCACAAUAAGUUGGGUGAAUUUUGGCACAUUCCUCCUGACAGAGCUGGUGUAACUGAAUCAGAUUUGUAGGCCUCCUUGCUCCCACACGCUUUUUCAGUUCUGCCCACAAAUGUUCUAUAGGAUUGAGGUCAGGGCUUUGUGAUGGCCACACCAAUACCUUGACUUUGUUGUCCUUAAGCCAUUUUGCCACAACUUUUAAAGUAUGCUUGGGGUCAUUGUCCAUUUGGAAGACCCAUUUGCGACCAAGCUUCCUGACUGAUGUCUUGAGAUUUUGCUUCAACAUAUCCACAUAAUUUUCCUUCCUCAUGAUGCCAUCUAUUUUGUGAAGUGCACCAGUCCCUCCUGCAGCAAAGCACCCCCACAGCAUGAUGCUGCCACCCAAGUGCUUCACAGUUGGGACGGUGUUCUUCGGCUUGCAAGCUCCCCCUUUUUCCUCCAAACAUAACGAUGGUCAUUAUGGCCAAACAGUUCUAUUUUUGUUUCAUCAAACCAGAGGACAUUUUUCCAAAAAGUAUGAUCUUCUGUAGCUCAGCUGGUAGAGCACGGCGCUUGUAACGCCAAGGUAGUGGGUUCGAUCCCCGGGACCAACCAUACACAAAAAUGUAUGCGCUCAUGACUGUAAGUCGCUUUGGAUAAAAGUGUCUGCUAAAUGGCAUAUUAUAAUGAUAUUAUUAUCUUUGUUACUGUGGAUAUAGAUACUUUUGUACAUGUUUCCUCCAGCAUCUUCGCAAGGUCCUUUGUUGUUGUUCUGGGAUUGAUUUGCACUUUUUGCACCAAAGUACGUUCUCUAGGAGACAGAACACGUCUCCUUCCUGAGCAGUAUGACAGCUGGUGGUCCCAUAGUGUUUAUACUUGCGUACUAUUGUUUGUACAGAUUAAUGUGGUACCUUCGAGCGUUUGGAAAUUGCUCCCAAGGAUGAACCAGACUUGUGGAUGUCUGCAAAAAAAUGUCUGAGGUCUUGCUGAUUUCUUUUGAUAUUCCCAUGAUGUCAAGCAAAGAGGCACUGAGUUUGAAGGUAGGCCUUGAAAUACAUCCACAGGUACACCUCCAAUUGACUCAAAUUAUGUCAAUUAGCUUAUCAGAAGCAUCUAAAGCCAUGACAUAUUUUUCUGGAAUUUUCCAAGCUGUUUAAAGGCACAGUCAACUUAGUGUAUGUAAACUUCUGACCCACUGGAAUUGUGAUACAGUGAAUUAUAAGUGAAAUAAUCUGUCUGUAAACAAUUGUUGGAAAAAUGACUUGUGUCAUGCACAAAGUAGAUGUCCAAAACUUGAAACCAAACAUACUGUAUAUGCAUACUGUAUUUAUGUGUAUAUUGUAUGGCACAUCAUAUCUAUCAGUAUGUGUCAUCCUCUAUUUAGUCUGCUCUCUCUCUGUCUCCUCCCAGGUUGGUGGCAUCCAAAGAUGCAGAGACGGCCGGGGCCCUGAUGACUUUCUUCCUGGCCCUGGGCCUCUCCAUCGGGGCCGCCCUUUCUUUCCUACUGCGCCUACUGGUCUAG